CAUCACAAGCGCAGCGAACACCGCCGGGCUCGCUCUGUCACCGUCCUCCAGGCGGUGCGGUGCAGGGGAUUCACACUUUGACUUACGUGGACCGCCGAGUGACCCGGGCACCGUCACGCGCUUUGACGCUAUCCGCCGUUCAUUUUUCUUCAAUCUCUCGGAGGAAAUAUUCUCACCAGUGGAGGACGGUUCGCCCGUUUGGACACCAUGACAGAGGCAAAGUGCCUUCUGAAAACACCAAGUAACUUCCAGUCAUCUGCCAUGUUCGAAGACUCUGAGUCUGUGGAGGGAGACGGAGGCAGCACAGAGAGCACAGUGGCCUCUACAAUCAGUGCUAGUAAGAAGGUUCUGUGCAGUAACAGUGUGCUGGACUCGUCAGACUAUUGGCUGAGGAAUGACAAAGCUUUGUGCAGACUGGGCUUGCUGGACGACAACACAGAGGGCAGCUGCACCAUGAUGUUUUUUGUGAAUCUGGAUACGCAGAAAACCGAUUGUCAAGAUGACAAAAGCAUUAAGAAACUGGGACUGGUGUCUCCAGACCUGCCAAAGCUUGUUGAAUUGCUAACUGCUCACCAACCAAAAGAAAACGAGAUCAUCUUCCUCAAUGGACUUGAGGGAUCUGACACUCGCCAAACACGCCCAGCAGCUCCUUCUCAGCAGCAGAAAAGUACAGGUGUGUGCCUGCUUCAGAGUUCAGGGAAGAGGCGCUUCAUCCAACCAAGCAGUAUCAUCUUUGAGAUCAACAGGUUCCUUGCAGGUUUGCAGUGGGGAAAAGAAAGACAGCUUCAUCCAUGGCAAAAAAGACAACGGGUUGAUGAUGACACCAAUCGUUCAGUUUCAUCCAUCGAGGAAGACUUCCUAACGGCUUCAGAACACAUGGGAGAUGACAGCGAGGAUGACGGUUCUAGAAAUGAGGCAGAGGUUCGUGAACGGGCAGAGAGGUUGGUCCAGGUUGCACAGAAACACAGUGCUAGUGUCACAGGUCAAAGGGGACAGGUGGCUCAUCAUCAGAGCAGGGAGGAUGCAGAGGUGAAAAGGGAAGCACAUCAGCGGGUCAGCCUCCACACAAAUGAAUCAGCUGGUCACUACGCCACCAAUCUGGCAGAGUCAGUACUGCAAGAUGCCUUCAUACGCCUUUCUCAAGAUGAAACCUCUUUUGUCUCUGAGGCUGCAGUCAGUGUGUCACACUCUCAAUGCCACUCCAACACUGCAAUCUCACAAAGAAAACAGCCUUCCCAACAGCACACCUGCUCUUUUGAACUCCCAAAAAUUGUUAUAGUUCAAAGCCCAGACAGUGCGGAUGGAACUGCAGAGUGGCCAGAGCCUCAGGUGUCAAAUGUGUCUGACCAGGAUAUCACCACUCAAGACAUUGAGGUGCCAGAAAAGAAAUCUCACGCUCCUCACCACAAUGGAGGACUCCCAUCUAAACCUCUAGAGGUGGCUUUGACCUGUGCUGCCAAUGUUAUUGGCACCAUAACUUCCCCACAGCUCGCUGGACAUAUCACCAAAGAUUCAACUUCAGAAGACACAGAAGAGGAGCUAGAGAAACCAGAGGAGAAAGGUGAUUACUCCUUCUCCUCAGCCAUGUGCGCUAUGGCUCAGGUUGCUGGUGCUGUUGCAGCGUUGGAGCUGACAGAGAAAUUAGGGGAGGGCAGCAAUAAUGAUGCAGAUUUAAGUGCAGUCUUCACCACAUCACAAGGUUUGAUAUCUGCUGCUCAAACAUCUGCAGCAUUCACGCUACAUUGUAGCGUUGCAGAAGGUACCAGUGUUGAAGCAUUCCGUGCAAACAUUGCCGAGGUCCUUCACAGGGAAGCAGCUGAGGUGCUGACUUAUCCGCAUUGCUACCGGAGUGUAGCUGACCUCUUGGAGUCUACACAUAGCAAGAUAGUUGAUGGCAUCACUUGUCCGAAAAAAUCCUACACUGAAGAAAGAGAGGUGGGUGAAUUAAUCAGUGAGGUGGCCGACAAUCUUUUUAAGCAUGCUUUAAAAAAAGCCAAAAGGAAAAAAGAACUGGAGGGGACUGGGAAAGAUGGACCGAGCCUCCAGGUUCUCCUGCAGGACAAUGUAAACAAUUUUCUGUUCGAGAUUCUUUGCCAGGCACAGAAAAAGAUCAGCCACAUAUCAAUAAGUGGUAAAGGUUUAUUUGAAAUACAGGACAUUGAUACAUGCUCCAAGGAGCAUGCUCCUGCAAAGGGAAGCAAUGAUCCAUUAAGUCAGUUACAGGGUUUGGAAUGUUAUAGGCCCUCCACUAACACUGACAAACAUAGUGGAAUGUCCCAAAGCACAGAUAGGUUUCCUGGAAUUAGCACAAAUGUGCUUGAAGAAAGUGAUGUCAAUGCAUCUCCCAAUAAAGCUUGCAGCAAAGAGCAACAGCAGCACUCCUGCUACGCACAAAGUCAGUCAAAGUCUGCCAUACAUACAAAAGACUGGUCUGGCCAGCAGGACACAACUGCUGUCAGAGUCCCCUUGAGUGAAAUCCCAGUUCAUGGCACAGAGCGGCGGGGCCGAUUUGUGACAGGAAAUGACAGCAGACAGUCCUCGCUCACCCCACAGUCUUCGCUCAACUCUUGCAGUUCACUCUUCUCUUGGAGAAUGGACUCAGAGAGCAGGACACCUAUUACUUGCUAUGCUGAUGAUUUGGCUGCUACGGUGGUGUCUAUGGCCACAGAACUAGCUGCCAUAUGUCUUGAAAAUUCUACUGGGAAGCAGCCCUGGUUCUGUGCCCUCAAAGGGACAUCUACAGAGGGCCCAGAGGCUUUUUUGAUCCCUGCUUGCCGAACGGUACUCAGAAGGAAAGAGGGUCAGAGCAACAAUGUCACAUCGAAGAAACAUCGAGCACCACGUCUCAGUGAGAUAAAAAAGAAAACAGAGGAGCAGCCAGAAUUGAUGGAGCGCCUGGUGAACCGUGUGGUAGAUGAGUCGGUCAACCCUGAUGAACCACAGGACUCAUUUGCCCUGUUUGCCUCGGAAGUCACUGCCAGGAUCAUGAACUGCCCUGAGCUUAAUGUGGUGGACACUUCCAAAUCAGGGCAGCCACGUAGCAGAUUACAGUGUGAGAGGUGGAGCCGUGGAAAGGCCUCGAGUUAUGAAAGCAUUCCAGAGGAAGAUGCAGACCCCUCGGGUACACCAAACACCCUGGGCCCUGGCAGUCGUUUAGGCCAGAACCUGAGUCGUGGUAGCUCUAUUUCCAAGCAGUCAAGUUGUGAGAGCAUCACAGAUGAAUUUUCACGGUUCAUGGUAAACCAGAUGGAGACUGAGGGCAGAGGCUUCGACCUUCUUCUGGACUACUACGCGGGGAAAAAUGCCAGCAACAUUCUGGCUGCAGCUGUGCAACAGGCUGCAUCCAAGAAAAAUGGUCACCUUAAUGUCAGGACUACAUCCUGCCUGUCCAAACAGUCUAGCACUGAGAGCAUCACAGAGGAGUUCUACAGGUUUAUGCUCCGGGACAUGGAUAAGGAAAACAAAGAGCAUGGCAUUGCAAAGACUAAAGAGUGGAACAACAGCUUGUUCCCCCCAUCUCCCCGGACUCCAUUUUGUAUACGACAGUCCUCAGUCCCAGACAGACGCUCCUCAGAUUCAAGACUGACUGUCAGCUCACCUAUUAAAGCCAAUUCAUUUGAUGGGUUUGCCCGAAAUGUGCAUGGCGACACGCUGAAUAUCUACCCAACCAACUCAGUGGCAGCAACAGGACUGUGCAAGUCAGACUCGUGUCUCUAUAAAAGAGGCAAGACUGACCAGAUCACUGAUAUGCUGAUUCAUGAUACCUGGUCUAGUUCUAUUGAGUCUUUGAUGCGGAAGAACAAGAUCAUUGUUGAUCCAGAGGACAGUAUUGACUUGGAGGCUGCAGGAGACUCCCAGCCCCACGUACAGCAGUUUGCCAACCGCCUGGCAGCUGACAUUGUGGAUAUUGGUAAAUCAUCUGCCGGAGAUCAGCAAGAUGUUACUGAGGACAUAAGUGGACCGCACACACCAACGAUGCCUGUUGGUGAGAGAAGGAGGGGGUUCAAACAAUCCCAUUUAAACUGUAGUCCGGGUAGGUCAAGUCAAGAACAACCUGGGUUUAUAUCAGGUGUGGGUGACAGCAGUACACCCCGUAUAAGAGGCCCCAGGGAUGUGCCAGUAAUCCACAUUGAGGGGGAUAGCCAUGAAAGGAGAGACGGACCUUCGCAACGACCACCAGAGAUGCCAGUUACCAAGCGUACUGAGAGGAUUACAGCCAACGGCAUCAGGAAUGCGACCAGCAGCGGCUCAAGCGUAGGCAUGGCCGAUCUCGAUCCUUUCUCUGAUGUGCCAUCUCAUAGCACAGAAAUUGGUGUAGAGUUAGAGAAAAGUGACCAAGCAGCAACCAAAGACAAUUACUUUGCGAGCAGCUCAGCCAGGACAGCAGGCGGUGAUGGCGGUCAUGUCAGGGAGCUCCUCGUGGUAAACUGCUACCUGGAAGCGGAGUGCUUGGACUCCGAGGUGACUGUGGCUCUGCAGUGGAUUGCCGCUUCCGAGCUGGGCCUUCCAGCUCUCUACUUCAAGAAGUCCAAAGAAAAAAGGGUAGCCAAGUUCCAGAAGUUGGUCCAUCUGAUGUCCCAGAAGUCGUGGCGGAUUGCGGACUUGUUCGGCGCUGUGGUUCAGUUCUGCAAACUGCAUGAGGAGAGUGAGGACAUGUCUCUGUCCAGCCUAUUUGACUGGCUCUCGGAAAUCCUGUGAAGUGGAUUAGUUUCACCACUCUGCAUACAAGUUUGCAUGCUCACUUCCACACACUUGACACUUGUCUUCACACCAAGUGUGUCCGCUUCCAAAGCUGAGAGCAAAAAGUGAUCAGCCCACUCGACAAAUGCUCCUUCCCCUUACUGCUGUCAUGCUAUUCUCCACGGAGGUUUUGUUUUCUGUCUGUCACUGCUCACAUGCACCCCGCAGGAACACGGACGGGUUGGCCAUUCCUAUCGGGAGUGAACGAGCCAUUAAGAGAUGAGCAGGUUUUAACUGCUCCAGAGUAUAUUGAUAUACACUAUCAUUACAGUAUAUUUACAGAUUCUCACAAACAAAUGAUGUGUUGGUUCAUUUGUUUAUUCCAAAAAAGUACCAGUAGAUAAUAGGAUCAUCAGGUGCACAUUUCCAACUGCUCAGUAGGCUCCUUUAAAAAAAAAUAAACGUGACUGUUUAUGUACGAUUUUCAUCUGACAUCCACUGUACACAUUCAUUGAAAGUUAAGAAAAUGCCUAUUAUUUUCUUUGUUUUCAUUAGCCAACAAACCACCCUUGUUGUGACCUUAAAAGUUGUAUGUAGAGAUGUAAUAUAUGUUACUUGAGAACGGAUCUUAGAUUGUUGUCUUGUAUAUAUUGACCAUUUGGACCUGCAGCACCUUGGAGUAGUGCACUGUUUAGCAUUUAUGGUCAGGAAGUCCAAGUAAGAUUAACGUUGAAUUUGUAAGUGAACUUGGUGUGUUUAUUUCUCUACUUUGUGGUACUCUUGUGUUAACAGAAGCACACAAUUGAGCUGUAGAGUGUCAUUAUAUAAGUGAAUGUAUUUAUAUUUUGACAUCAAUAAAAGAUUCCUGUGAUGUGAAGCAAA